UGAGCUUUCCCUCUGUUGCAUCACCUUCCUCUUCGUCUGUUGGAUCCUUUUGCUAUUGAAUAGAGAAGAAAUUAUCUCAGUAAAGUGAGUUAAGCAAUUUAUAAGAUUUCUGAAACUUUUGCUCAAUUAGUAUAUCAUGAUGACAAAUGUGCCUGUUUCUGAGAGUAUAGGAACUACUGAUGUAAUUUCGCAUCCCCAAUCAGGACAAAAAAGAAAGGGGAGGGGAAAGACAAUAGGGCUUUCAAUUCAAAAGAAACGUAAAAAUAUAAAUGGCAAGUUGAAUGUGAUUAUUCCACCGGAUCAAAGAGUUGCAGUAGGUCCUAGAGCUACCAAUUUUGUUACCGAGAUUUCUGUGAAAGUUUUUCAGCAUGCUAGGCAUGAUGUCAAGAAUUGGAAGAAUGUUUCUGAUCUAGCAAAAGAUAGAAUCAUUGCGCAUAUACUGGACACCUUCCAACUAUCCAACACACGACACGUUCGGGAUACUAUCUUGGAUCAAGCUAAUAAAUUGUUUCGAUAUCGUCGUAGUAGACUCCAUGAUCAUUUCAAGAAAUAUGCUACAAAAGAGGUGAGCUUUUUGAACAUGCCAGCAGAGGUUAAUGAAGUUGAAUGGAAAUUCUUGGUUGAGUAUUUCAGCUCAGAUUCUUUUAAGAAAAUGAGUGAAAGA